AUGCCUUUACUUGAUAAUUUAGUAGAUUUGAGAAGGCAAAGAUUAGAAAAUUUACGGUCAAAUAAUAAUAAUAAUAAUAACGAUAAUAAUAGUAAUAGUAACAAGGAGAAGAAAUCUUCAAUUUUACCAAAUAUUAUUGACCAUACUAAUGAUGAUCUUUUAACGAAGGAUACCAAAUUAGAAAACAAUUCUAGCGGUAUUCAAAAUCCAAAUAAAAAUUAUGAAACUGAUGACGAAGAUCAGAAAAAGGAGGAAGAACCAAACGGUCAACCUGUGAGUGUUACACGAGAUUUUGAAAUAAGAUUAGAUUCGCAACUUAAGGUUUUAGAAUCACGUACGAAUUUAGCUUUAAAAAGAAUUCUUAGAAGACAAAUGUUUCAAAAGGACUUGAAUGAGGAGGAUAUUGGUGAAAGCGACAAAAUAAAAGAAAGCAUAAAUAUAAACACGUAA